CCGUCAUCGCUACCGACUUGAAAGCUCUACUCGGGGUCUAUGCUCUUGUCCUCAACCCACGACCCAACUUGCGCACUAAUCUGUACCAGAAAUGAUGCGGUUCGUCGAGAAGGACGAAGCAGGGCGAGUUCGAAGUACGUUUGACAGCGAGGACAAGGAGAUCACCAGAGUAUCCGACUUCAGUACCCUACAUAUAGGCGAAGGCGGGACUCGAAGUGGCGCAGUAGAUGUCUUGGCCAAGGUCUUCCUCCCUGCUGGCUUCCCGAAUAGCGUGUCUCCUGACUACUUGAGGUACCAAAUCUAUAACGCGAUCCAGGCGUUUUGCAGUUCGCUGGCAGGGCUGCUGUCAUCGAGGGCAUUGUUAGAAGGCUUUGGCGUGGGAGAUGCAAAUGCGACGGCCACGAAUGCCGUCCUGCUUACGGUGGCGCAAGACGUCUUCAGCAGGCUCACCACUAUCAUCGCCGCGUACCUCUUGGGCCCCUCCCUCUUUCCUGAAGCCAAGACCUUCCGCUUCCUUGCCGACGUCUUCAACGAUACUGCCAUCAUCUUCGAUGCGUCCACGCCCAUCCUGCGCGCCUCCGGCCACGCGAACCUACGCGUCGCUGCCCUAUGCCUCGCGGGCGCGUCAAGAGCGAUCUGCGGCACCAUAUGUGGGGGCGCGAAGGCGGCUCUGACGCUGCAUUUUGCGACGCCGCUGCGUGGUACUGGCGAUAUCGGUGAUGUGAACGCGAAGGACGCGAGUAAGGAGACGUUGCUUGCACUAAUGGGCAUGCUGGCCGGCUCCUUCGUCGUACACCACCUCAGCAGUACGCAGGCGACGCACGCACUCCUAUUGGCGCUGUUAGCGGCGCAUCUGACGGUUAACUACCUCGGCGUUCGCGGCGUCUGCCUGCGCACGCUCAACAGACAACGCGCCUCCCUCGCCUGGACCUCCUUCCGCGAGUAUGGCUCAGCUCCCUCCCCCACCAUCGUCGCGGGGAUGGAAGGCAUCCUCGCCAGACCGGGCGCAAUCGUCCACGCCGGGGACGGCGGACACAUCGGCUGGUGUACAAUCGGGCGACGGCUCUCGAGAGUACCGCCAAGUCUCGAACUGUUCGCCCACGAACGAUACGUCGCGUACUUCACUGCGCCGCGGCGAGUCGCCGUCGCCCUCAAAGCCGGCCACGACGGGGUGGACCACCUGCGCGGGUGGGUGCAUGCGACGGAGGCGCUGUCCUUGCGAAGAGCAGACCCGGCAGCCCGGGACGAGGAUGUCAUUCGGAGGUCGUAUGAGGUGGUGAAGAUGCGAUUUGAGGGUUUUGUCGAGGACAUGAAGCGGGAGCAGUGGAGGAUGGAGGCGAAGGUCAUGGAGCUGCUGAGCGGGGUGCCGGAGACGGUGAUCGUGGAAGCUGGGAUUGAGCAGGAGAAACGGCCACUGUAGGUUCUUGGGUAAUGUAUGGCAUUGUAUCCUGGAGUACCAUGUUGUCUGUUGUAUUUCCAUGCUAAAACACUCGAAGUUCUGCUGUUACGCGGGAGAACCUCACCUGCAAGCUACAGGUCGUAGCUUUUGCCACAAUCAUGGUAAUGAUGCCCUUCCGGCAAACGCCGGGCGGAGGCAAUCAGCUCCGGUAGUAAAUUCUUCAAAAAGCAUCCAAUUAUCUAACCGUCCUGUAUCGACA